GCACACUUCGAUAUGCUGUAAUGUGUAUGGGCCUUAAGAACGCUAGUGAGACUUUUCACCGAUUGAUGGAUACGUUGUUGGAAAGGGAAGAAUGGAAAAAGGUUGCCGGGGCCUAUCAAGACGAUAUUGGGUUGUGGACAAGUGGGCCGAAAGAAUUCCAUAUUGAAAUGUUUAUUAAAUUAGCCAAGAAAUUCAGAGAUGCUGAACUGACCUUUGCUGCAAAGAAAUAUUUUCUUUUAUGCAAGGAGUUGCGCAUGUACGGCUUUAUAGUUAGUAAAGAGGGAAUUAAAGCAGAUCCGACAAAGGCCGAAAGAAUAAGAGAAUGGAAGGAACCGACAAAUCUUAAACAAGUCCAAUCAUUUAUGGGAAAUGGAGGUUGGGUUCAUUGGAAUAAGGCACAAAUUGAAGCUUUUUGUACCUUAAAAGCUUCUUUAUUAAACGAAGCC